AUCUAUCUUCGGACCCAAGACCCUCCAACCCUCUCUGUUUCUUCUUUCAGAGUUGGGUCCAGAAACGACUGCCAUUUUACGUCGUUUCUUCAUCGCAGUCCUCCUGAUCGAUAUAUAUAUAUAUAUACACAUACACAUAUACAUAUGCAGCAUAUACAAAAUCAAGAGGACAAGCGAUUAAACAAUCACCAAUCCACAAAUGAAAACCUUCACUGUCAUCAGAUCCUCUGACCUUCCGCUUUUCUCAAGAACCCCAUUUUCCAUUCCCAGGACUCAAGUUUCCUUUCCAGCGAAACUCUUCUUCUGCCAAGCAAAGUUUGAUCGGUCGUUCAACACAAGAGUUGUGCCUCCAAAUCUUCUAGUGGCAGAAAAAGAGGAAGCGAAGGCUGUACUAACAUUGUUCUUGAAAAAACAAGGUUUGACCAAUACAGUCGCGACAAGAACAAUCAACAAGUCGGACCUUUUCAUUGAUCACCUUGUGUCAAGGCUUCAUUCAGUUCAUAAAUCUCGGUAUCUAGUAGGACGAGAGCUUACAACUCUUGAGAUUAGGGAUGCUCUUAUUCCGUACCUUGAAACUCUUCUCGAGGAACAUGGGGACAUUCUUGUUGAUGUAGUGGAAAACUAUCCAGACCCACCUAUUAAAGAGAAAUCAGUGGUGGAUAACUUUCAUAACCAACCUGUCAAAGAAAGAUCAACUGUGCAACUUUCUCCCCCCACUAAGACCCUUGACUCCAAGAAGCUAAAAGCCUUGGCUCGAGUUAGUGAGAUCGGCCCAGCCGGGAAGCUUCCUCCACAUAUUGACUACCUCAUGGAUCUCGGUAUGGAACUUGAUUCGAUCAAGGAAGUUACACGCAAGUUCCCUGCUUUUGCCUACUACAGCUUGGAGGGGAAAAUCAAGCCUGUGGUUGAAUUUUUUCUUGAUCUUGGGGUGCCAAAAUCGGACAUUCCCACCAUCCUCAGCAAAAGGCCUCAACUAUGUGGAAUCAGUCUCUCAGAAAACUUAAUACCUACCAUGACAUUUUUAGAGAACUUAGGCGUGGACAAGAAACAGUGGGCUAAAGUGAUUUACCGCUCUCCAGCACUUCUCACAUACACAAGACAGAAGUUGAAAGCGACUGUAGAUUUUCUUUAUGAAAUGGGUGUCUCAGCUGAGAAUGUGAGUAAGAUUCUUACACGCUGCCCAAACAUUAUAAGUUAUAGUGUGGAGGAUAAGUUACGACCAACUGCCGAAUACUUCCACUCUAUGGGGGUUGAUGUUGCUACUCUUCUCCACCGGUCUCCACAAACUUUUGGUCUAAGCAUUGAGGCCAAUUUGAAGCCUGUGACGGAAUUUUUCUUGGAAAAGGGAUACACUAUGGGGGAUAUUGGGACCAUGAGUUCAAGAUAUGGGGCUUUAUAUACUUUUAGUUUGGAAGAGAACUUGAUACCAAAGUGGGAGUUUUUUCUAACCAUGAAUUAUCCAAAAUCUGAGCUAAUCAAGUUUCCUCAAUAUUUUGGUUACAGUUUGGAGGAGAGGAUUAAACCUAGGUAUGCAACUGUGAAAGAGAGUGGAGUAAGGUUGCUGCUGAACCAGGUGCUAUCUCUUUCGGAUCUUGAAUUUGACAAGGCAUUGAAACGAAAAAUCAAGAAGAUGCUUACUAACAAGGCUCCAAGUGUUACAUUGAGAAGUGAUGAUCUCCAUUCAGACACGGAAUGAUAAGCCCACAUGGUAUAGAUUCUAUUCCACUCCAGGAUACCAAAUUCAAUGAGAUAUCAUGGAUCUGCGACUGCAAGGUCAGAGAAACUAGUAAUGUGUUAGAUGGAUAAUAGUUUGAUGUAUUGUUGUAAGAAUUAGAAAAUUAGCUGACUUUGGGCAUGUCUUUGUUGUUUUGAGUAAUAUUCAGGCUCUAGAGUAGAUAUCUUCUUCUUGUAAAAUUGUAUAGACAGAAGAAAUGAAGGCUAAAUUUACUAGACUAGGCUGUUUCCGAACACUUCUGCGUCUGUGGUUUUGUGGACAGUUAUUCCUGUAUGUAUUAUAUUGGUACCUCGCGAGUAUUUAGAAACUGAAAGCCAGGAAAUUGAUACCAGGUUGCUUUAGCAUUGCAGCUGAAUGGGUUUCUUCUGUUA